AGAACAAAGAACAAGAUGGCUCCCGACCCGUCACCGUCACCGGCGCCCAGCGCUUCCAUCUUCGGCAGGAAACCCUCGAUAUUCUCGACCAAGAAGUCGUCCCGCAAGGAGAGCACCUCAAUCACUCCCAUCUCGCCGCUAGCCACCGAAGACUUGUCACCCACCGCCCGCAGAGACUCAUCCGUUAUAUCGCUACCCUCGUCAGGCGCCGAGGGAGACAUUCGGCGCAGCGCAUCACUCCGCUCUCACGAGUCGCUGUCGUCGAUACACCACCACAAGUCCCGAGGCUCGUCGAUAGCAAUUCCAUCUCGCUCUCCAAUCCGCCUGCACCGUCAAAGCCGCUCUAUUAGUGCCAAUGCUACUCACACGGUCAAGCCGCCCUUCAACACCACCUUGAGCCCGCAAAAGUCGUCGGAUAGCUUCACACGCGACCGCCAACAUAGCAUUGCUGACCCCGUCCCAAAGACCCCCUUCUCCAUGCUCGCCACUCCCUUCAGCCAUGGUCUCAAACGCUCAGAGACUGACCGUCCCUCGUUGGCUUCAUAUGCGACCAAUGGCAGCUCCCUGAACUUGAUUUCAUCCAACACGUCACAACUUCCUCAGACCAGCCUGGUCCCCAUACCUGCCGCUCUCUUGACCCACAUCCAUGCUACUUGUCGCAAGCGAAUAGCCACUCUGGAGUAUCUGCGCAAAGNNCACGAAGGUCACAUCUACUACUUCAACACUCUCCUCUACACUCCCUCGAACCUCAACCAAUUACCGUCUAUGCAAUAUUCCAAGCUCGGUCGUCGCGCUUCCAACUACGUCCUUCUCGGCACCUCGAUACCUCCACUCCNNCUUGACCUGAACGCCGAUAACCCUCUCGAAUACCUACGAUCUCUCGCUGCUCUGCUAUCAGAGUAUGAUACUUACCAACAGCUCAACAACCCUGACGCUUCAGUCGGUGCACGCGGUCGAAUGGGCGCUAUGUUUAAAAGCGGCAUGCGCGGUGUCAAAGGUCGCAGAGCUAGCAGUGCUGCCAUCGAAACCUUGUCCGAGUCGGUCGAGAGUGCUCAACUAGAUUCUUUGCCCAUGCCUCCCAUAUCGUCUGGAAACCUGCCAGAAUUCACACACCUGCAAACGCCUUCUCUGCCCUUUGAUCCAGACUUCCAUACCGCUUUUGCAACACUGGCGGAUAUUCUUAUCGACACAUAUUCUGGAAUCGUUCAGCUUCUGCCAAAUGCAGAGUCGAUCGGACCUGGUGUCGGUGAAGCCUUUGGCAAAGCAGACAAGAUUUUGCGCAAAGUGCUUGUGCAGAAUGCUACCCAGGAACUCGGCGACACCACUCGUCGCGAAGUCCGCUCAGAGAUUGGCGGUCUAAGUCGACUGGUUUUGGGAGGUCUUAUGUGA